UAUUGAACAUAUGAUAAUUGUUACUAUUUUGGCAUUCAAUCAUUCAUUGAAAUAAUUUUUUAAAUGUUAUAGUUUUAUAAACUUUUAUGUCUUCUGGAAUCUCUGUUACUGUCAAAGCAAUUGGAUCAUCAAAAUUUGCCAAAAGAGCUGCUUUGAUUUUAACUGAAAAUGCUAUCAAACGUGUUAAACAACUAUUGUUACAAAAUCAAAAUGCAAUUGGAUUAAGGAUAGGUGUGAAACAAAAAGGAUGUAGUGGCUUAGCAUAUUACCUAGAAUACACAAAUCAAAAAAACAAAUUAGACGAAGAAGUCAAUCAAGAUGGUGUCAAAAUUUAUAUUGAUAGGAAAGCACAACUAAGUUUAUUAGGUACUGAAAUGGAUUUUGUAUCCUCAGCUUUGUCAAGUGAAUUCAUAUUUAACAAUCCCAAUAUAAAGGGUACAUGUGGAUGCGGAGAGAGUUUUACCAUGUAGCUAAUAAUAUUGAAGAUAUAAUAAAUUAUAUUAAUGCAAAUUCCCUAUAUAAAUGAUUUAUCUAGGAUUGUUUUGUAAAAUGUAUUGUUAAUAUAUUCUAAUUAAAUUAAAUGUAUCAAAUGAAAAAAUUUUCGCACAAUAAAGAUUUUUUCCUUGA